UUUAUCAUAUUCUCAGUAGUCUAGGUUGUUGAGAAACUUUUAGUUUCAACGCUUCCGUAAUUCAUACGUGACGGGAUCAGAAUCGAUAGGAGAGCUACCUUCGUGAUUUGAGGUCAAUUGUAGGACAGUAUCAUUCUACUUCGAACACUUCAAGAGGAUUGUCAUACGUUGCAGUAGGCUUCUAAUCAGUAAAUACAGUACUAAUUACAGUAGGAAAAUGCCAAUCAAAAGCAUCAAGGCACGUCAAAUUUUUGACUCUCGUGGUAAUCCUACUGUAGAGGUUGAUCUUGUAUCAGACAAUGGGCUGUUUAGGGCUGAAGUACCGUCAGGUGCUUCCACCGGUGUUCAUGAAGCUUUAGAACUUCGAGAUAAUGAUAAAUCUAAGUAUCAUGGGAAAUCUGUUUUUAAAGCUGUAGAGAAUAUUAAUAAUAUCAUCACACCUGAAUUGUUGAAGUCAAAUUUGGAAGUCACGCAACAAACUGAUAUCGAUAACCUUCUAUUGAAACUCGAUGGUACACCAAAUAAGUCAAAACUUGGCGCCAAUGCACUUUUGGGUGUUUCUUUGGCAGUUUGUAAAGCAGGAGCUGCUAAAAAAGGGAUUCCUUUAUAUAAAUAUAUAGCGGAAUUGGCAGGAAAUGCCAAUAUUAUUUUGCCAGUACCAGCUUUUAAUGUUAUUAACGGAGGCUCACAUGCUGGAAACAAAUUGGCAAUGCAGGAAUUUAUGAUUCUACCUACUGGUGCUGCUAAUUUCACUGAAGCCAUGAAAAUGGGUACUGAAGUUUACCACCAUUUGAAGGCUGGUAUUAAAAAGAAGUUUGGCCUUGAUGCUACUGCUGUCGGCGAUGAAGGUGGCUUUGCUCCAAAUAUUUUAGAGAACAAAGAAGCUUUAAAUCUGAUCAUGGAUGCCAUUAAAGUUGCUGGAUACGAAGGGAAAAUCAAGAUUGGUAUGGAUGUUGCUGCAUCUGAAUUUCAUAAAAAUGGGAAAUAUGAUUUAGAUUUUAAGAAUGAAAAGUCUGAUCCAAACACAUAUUUGGAACCACAAGCAUUGAAGAACUUAUAUUUAGAAUUUGUUAAGGAAUUCCCGAUUGUAUCGAUCGAAGAUCCAUUUGACCAAGACGACUGGAACUCGUGGACUUCUAUGACAUCCUCCACUCCUAUUCAAAUCGUAGGUGAUGACCUUACCGUCACAAAUCCUGAAAGAAUUAAAACGGCUAUUGAGAAGAAGGCUUGCAACUGUUUGUUACUAAAAGUCAAUCAAAUAGGCACUGUCACAGAAUCAAUUAAUGCCCAUAAACUUGCUAAAAGCGCUGGAUGGGGUACAAUGGUGUCUCAUCGUUCUGGAGAAACAGAAGAUACGUUCAUAGCUGAUUUAGUCGUUGGUCUAUCGACUGGUCAGAUCAAAACGGGUGCACCUUGUCGUUCAGAACGUUUGGCAAAGUACAAUCAGAUUCUUCGUAUUGAAGAAGAAUUGGGCGCGGCUGCCAAAUAUGCAGGGGAGAAAUUCCGUAAUCCUCAUGCCUAAAAGAACAAUAUAUUUUAUUAACACGAGAUACUAGUUGUUAUAUUUUCUGCAAAAUAAAUCGAACAUAUACUUUCGUAAUCUUUACAAUUGUGUUAAUAAAAUAAUAUUCAAUGCUAUCGAUGUUACUAUAGCAUAUAAAACUGAGAAAAUUUUUAGUUUCCAUUAAAAAAAGUACAUGAAGAAAUAAAAACGUACAGAUAUUUAUUAUUUAAUUAUUUAGUUAAUAAGAAUUGUUUAUAGAUGUGCUAGUUAAAUGAAAUAAUAUUACCGAUGAUUCAAUACGAUAGCAGUAAUUAUAAUAACAAUAUUACGAAAUUAAUUUGUUAAUUUCUUUGGGGAGCUUUUAUUUGAUCAAAGGAUAUAUAAAUCAUAUCUUAAUAUUUUAAGUAUGAUGUUUAGAUCUUGUUUCAUAGAGAUGGUUAAAUUAGAUUAGAUUUCACAGCGACAAGUAAAAAAAGGAAAAAACGAUGAAAUCUGUUAUUUGUGAAAUUGAAAGCACAAAUUGAACGAAUAUCAUACAUGAUAAUGAUAUUGACGAAGCUUAAUUCUGGUUUCUCGUUAACCACGAGAUCUAAAUCUAUUUAAGUAAAGUGAUCAGAAACACUGUAAAACAAAAGUAAAAUAAAUGUGAAUAAAUAUUAUAACAUAUAAUCAA